AUACAGCCGCGCGAACAUUCAUGGUGAAAUUUGCCUUGUUUAUUGGAUAUUUGGCUUGAUAAAAGUGGAAAGGUGGCUGUACCAAGUGAUGGAAACCCGUCUGGAGGUGCGGCUGCGAGAGCCGAACCCGUUGUUCACUCGCUGGCUAGAGCGCUGGCUGCGGGAGGCGGAGCGGCGCCAGCAGAAGUCGCAGUUUAAGCUUCGCCAGGCGCUGGAGUCCCUGAGAAGCUACCCAUUGCCUUUGUCCAGCGGACGGGACUGCUCGAUUCUCCGAGGCUUCGGGGGCACUCUCUGCCAGUUGAUCGACGAGGAGCUGCGCCAGCACAGGGGCCUCCGUCUGGCGCCCCAGGAGGACGUGGCGCGGGCGCAGUACGAGCAGCAGGUCCAGGAGGUCGUCCGUCAGGUGCAGGUGCAGCAAUCAGUGCACCAAAAGCGCCAGGUCAAGCCCAGGAAGCCGAACAAAAAGGAUCUGGCGGAAUUGGCCGCCCUUGAGGAGCGGAAACGCCUGGUGGAAAUGCAACCGUGCGCUUUUCAGUUGCUCCUCCUGGUGGACACCCAGGAGACCAGUGGUAAGAACAAGCGGGUGCUAGACCAAACGCGGAGCUACCUAGAAUCGCUGGGAGCCCGUCAUGAGGUGCGUCGCCUCACCAUCGGCGAUUUUCUUUGGGUGGCCCAGGAUCCCCAGGGCAACGAGCUGGUCUUACCGUACAUCAUCGAGCGCAAGAGGAUGGAUGACCUGGCGUCCAGCAUAAGGGAUGGUCGUUUCCACGAACAGAAGCACAGACUGCAGCAAAGUGGCCUGAGGAACAUCAUCUACCUGGUGGAGGACUACGGGGACAACGAGCAGCUGGGCCUGCCACUGGAUUCCCUGCAGCAGGCUCUGGCCAAUGCCAAAGUUCAAACUGGAGUCCAGGUAGUGCGCACGGAGAAUCACUACCGAUCCAUGAGUUAUUUGGCUGCGAUGAGUCGUUCUCUGGGUCAGAUCUUCAGCAACAAAAGGCUCUAUAGCGUGGAGCGCGGCCUAACCGAUAAAUCUUGCCUGCUUGUGGACUCCCAGCUGGGCUUGCUCAAAUUUCGCGCCCUCUAUGAAGACUCCGCCAAAAACGCCCAGCUCACUGUGCGAGAGGUCUUCGUGCAACAGUUGCUACAGCUACAUUCGCUCUCCCUCGAACGAGCCAUGGCUAUUGUGGAGCGGUAUCCCACGCCACGCUGCCUGCUGGAGGCCUACGAAGAGUGUCCAGAGCCAAAACAGGCGAGGCAGCUCCUCUCCAGCAUCCCUUGCGGACCCCUGGAGCGCCCGCUGGGCGACAAAAUCAGCCAGUGUCUGCACGAAUUCUACACCACGCACUUUCGUUAGGAUUAGUAAUUGAUUUAAUGGGACAUAUCUAAAGUUAUAUACACGAGUUUAUACAUUAAGUGAGAGAGAGAAUACGAUUCGGACUGAAGUCCCCGUUGGACAUUGAAUAGUGUGAUCUAGUCUAAACCAAAAAUGUACAAGUCAGCCGCUUAGAUGUUGCGGAAGUGUCGGAUGGCCAAGUCCACCGGCAGGUCGAAGUCAAAUCGGGAUAGACCGUCAAUGGAGCGCAGAGAGUCGCGGAAACCCGUGCGGGCCACAUAGCUGUUCGCCGAGUAGUACGUGUCCACCAGCUCAUGGCAGCUGAGGAUUAGAUUGAGCCACUCCACCAGCAAGUGGGAGCUGUUUGGAAGAAAAGCAGUUUUAAUGGGAUAAGUGAGAACCGGGGUAUACUCUUGUCGCCAAGACAUAAACUUAAUUUCAUUUUGAAAUCGUUUAAGCAAAUCAUGAUUGAUAACCCGCCUUUUGAUAUUCCUUGAAGUUAUAAAAACUUAAUGGUAAAUGUUAAACCAAGCAUUUGUGGUUGGUUGCCAAUUACUACGGCCGUAAGAAUAGAAAUAAAAAACCUAUCUAUUUAAAGUACACGAUCCUGAUUAAGGAUCGCCUAAGAAGUUAA